UGCACAACACAACACACUAUUGUCCGCUUACAUUUGAGUGUAUUUUUGGCACUUCCAUAUAGCUUAAUUGACAAGUGAGCCCAAGAUGGAUCCAACAAGUUAAACGUAUGGUGUAUUCAUGUAUCACAUUUGCACCUGUUCCUGAGUGCAUAGUGGUCCUUCAACCAGAAAUACACUUUAGAAACACAAACUUCACCAAACGUACGACUUACUACCUCAUAGGCUACAAUUAAUCAAAUGCAUUCAAUUCAUCUCACAUGAAUUUCGCAUUUUACAAGAGUUUACUUAAUCAAAUUAUCCGUCAACAUUCUAAUUAUGAAACACGCGUAAGAAGCCUGUAAUGUAAGAGCGAUGAAGAUAUCCCAUAAUAGGACAUAAUGACGCCACCUCCAUCAUUUCUCCUGUCCUCGAGGAGGGAAAGACGCAUGUAUUUGAGCAAGGGGUGAGAUGCGAACGGUGUCGAGGAUAUUGGUGGGUGUGUGUGCCUGUGUGAUCGCUGUGGCGACUGUACAUUGUAGCAGAGACCUCGCUGCCGCGUGUGGCAGCGAUAUUGAUAAGGAACACUGGAUUGCCACUCUACAAAGGGCUGUCCAACAGAGGGCAGUGUGAGAUUUGACCAAUCCCACGCUCCUCCGGUCCCCUCGGGUCCUCGCUGUGUGUCUGCCGUCAGAAUCACCUCUCUGACAAGCAUGAAAGGCUCUCCCGAUCUGAUUCCGUCUGCAGAGCUGGACCCUAGAAGGGUGUGUAAAGGGAAGGGGGUCGUGACUCUGAGGGCCACUCUGGUCCACAUAGACGACGAGGACUGCGUCAGUGAAGAAUCAAAUGUUGACACAGCUCCAAGUGGUUGGAUCGGCCAGAUCAAUGGAGACAGCGCUCAAACGGGAUUUGCUGAUGGAGGCUUCCAUGACAUCACAGCUGAUUUACCUACAGUCAACAGAACUCAAGCCCAGGGAAGUUCACCUGUGAACACAGAAGAACCCCAGCUUCCUGCCUCUUUUGACAUUCAGAACUAUAUUUUGUCGACAAAGGCCACCUCUGCCUACCCAUCCGCCGCUGGCACUGUCAACCCAACCGUAGUUCUGCUACAACACAACAGAGAGCAACAAAAGCAGCUUUCUAUUAUGGAAGACCCCACCCCAGAGAGGGACAAAUCGCCUGAUCCAGGACCUGUAGUUAGAACAGAGAGAGAACUGAGCCAACACCCAGAUAUGGACGGCAAGAGGAUGAGGUACUCUCAAUCCCAUAUCUUGGGCCCACUGAACCAGCCCAUCGUGCCAGUACGGAACACUGAUAAGUCAAAGGACUGGUACAAGAACAUGUUUAAACAGAUACACAGAAUUCCAGAACCUGUUGAGGAAAACCCAUAUCGCCCCACCUACAUAUUCCCUGAAUCCUAUGAUCCUAGGCAGAUGGAAACAACAGAUGAUGGUCACUCCCCCUAUGGUUAUGUGGAAGAAGUGAAAGCGGUCCCACGAUCAAAAAGUGCCGCUGAAGUUGACCAUAGGUCGUCUAUGCCUGUGCCAACACGGUCCUCUUCCCUCAAACCUGCCAAAAGGAACGACUGGGAGCCCCCUGACAAAAAGGUAGACACCAGGAAGUACCGUGCCGAGCCCAAGAGCAUCUUCGAGUACGAGCCGGGAAAAUCGUCGGUGAUGAAACUGGAGAGAAAGACUCCGCACACUAGUCCAGAAGAUGUAGAUUUAGAGAAUGAGCCUUGGUAUAGAUUCUUUUCAGAGAUGGACUUUGAUAAAGCGAGUGCCCCCUCUUUCAGCCCUCUGGAAACACCCUCCGACCUACAGAAGUACUCCGGGUGUAAGGCCGGACACAGCGAGGUGGAGAAGGACGAAGGCUCGUCUGGCAGCGAGCCAGCGGCUCCAGAAUGCGACCGCUAUGUUUACAAGAGCAUCCUGGAGGGCGGGGAUAUUCCCCUGCAAGGUCUGCGGGCCCUCAACAAGCGCCAUGCAAGCACCUCCUCUAAAGUGGAUUAUCAAGGUGGGAAUGGCUAUAUCAUUUCCCCCUGCUCUUCUGUAAAUAGUCGAUCAGUUCUUGCCAGUAAUGCCCUAGGUUACCAGUGUAAGAAUAAGAAGCCCUUAUCUGCCGCCAAAGGCUGCAUACCCCAAAUCCUCCCCUCUAAGUUCAAACCUAAGCUGAUGGCCCCUGGUGGUGACAGCCAGGACAGGAGGACUGUGCCUGCCAAGCACCCAAAGGCACACAGCUGUGAGGAUAUAUACACAGGGAGCACAGGAGCAGAGGCCCGGGAGAGCGGACUACACUCAAACACAGACUCAGACUCCAAUGAUCUCCCUCUUGACUCUGAGACUGGUUUUCAAAAUGGCAACCCUGAGACUAGAAGGAGCACAGCCGAGUUCUCCACCCUAUACCGGAACAUGCACAGCAUCCAGAGGCCAUCCUGCUCGGUGGGCUCCAGCCCCCACGGGAGUGUCCGAAGCCUGACCUCCCUGUUUGAAAAGGUGGGGAUCAAUGAAACUGAUGGGGAGGGGGACGAGGCAGGGGGGAACAUUCCCCGGCGGGACGCUGUGUUGUCAAGGGUAUCGGCGUUUGAACUGAUCAUCCAGCGCUCCAGCUCGACUCCCACACGCUCCUCCUCCAUGCCAACGCUACCCACUGGCCCCACCCACAACCACGGCGCCGCCAACCUCUUCAUGCUGUCUGCCGUCUCAGCUGAGUUGCUGCUGGUCACUGACCCUGGGCAGACAGAGGGCUGCCCUCUGGAGGACACGGAGGGCAAGGCAGCCCAAGACGAGGCCUCUCUGUCAGGCAGCAAGAUAGUGGAGGCGGUGGCAUCCUCGGAGUACAGUGACACCCUGCGAGCCGAGUCUCUCUCUGGGACUGAGGUAGAGAUAGAGCAGCACGGAUCCACAGAGAAAGUACCAAAAGAGAAACCCCCAGUGGUCACUUUCUCCAGAACCUCAAACAGUCCCCCAGCACCAGUCACUCCAUAUGCUCCCCCACACAACUACCACCUCCACAACCACCACCACCACCACCUUAAACCCAGCAGCAAGUGCAAAGGCUCCUGCCCAGCCUCUUAUACCCGGUUUACCACCAUCCGGCGGCAUGAGAGGCAGCAGCAGGCCUCAGCCCAGCAGGAUAAACUCUACACUCAGGAGAAAAUAAAGAACUCCUCCUCUCUCCCCGCGAACCUCUUGCUCAUGGGCCCUGCACCAUUCAUGGUGAAGAGGUCUCUCCAGUCUCACCGGGCCAAAAAUUAUGUCUCAGCCACUAAGGUGAUGGCAGGUCAAAGGUCACAGACCCAUUCUAGUGAGCCCAGGCCCCUCAUCCCACAGCGUCUCUCUUCCUUGGAGGUGCUGGAGAGGCUUGGCACUGGGGAGGGUGCGCCGACCGGCAGUGACAACAACCUGACUAAUGGGGGAGGCAUGGACGCCAAUGGGAAUCUUCUGCAGCCGCUGGCAGCUCAUCGCAGAGAUUCAGACUCGUCCCAGGCCUUGACCCAAGGAGACCUUGGUGACGGCCAGGAUGAGGUGGUUAGGAGACGCCAUGGAGACAAAGAGAAAAUCCUGGAAGAGCAGCGGCGGCUGAAGAGGGAGCAGGAGGAGGCUGACACAGCAUCGAGGCGACACACAGGAAUCGUUCCCACCCACCACCAGUUCAUCACUAAUGAACGCUUCGGAGACCUGCUCAACAUCAACAUCAACGACACAGACAAGAGGAAAUCCGGAUCAGAGAGAACUCCAGCCCUGGCUCGGUUUGACUUCAGAGCAGAGACUCUAAAGGAGUUACCAUUUCAAAAGGGAGACAUUGUGUACAUCAUUCGACAGGUGGAUAAUAAUUGGUUCGAAGGGGAGCAUCAUGGCAGAGUCGGCAUCUUCCCACGGAGUUAUGUUGAGCUCCUUCCCCCCACGGAGAAGGCCCAGCCAAAGAAGAGUGCCCCAGUGCAGGUGCUGGAGUAUGGAGAGGCCAUAGCCCGUUUCAACUUCACAGGGGACACGGUGGUGGAGAUGUCAUUUAGAAAGGGAGAGAGGAUCAUCCUAAUUCGCAGGGUCGAUGAGAACUGGUACGAGGGCAAGGUCUCCGGUUCCAAUCGCCAGGGUAUCUUCCCCGUCACCUACAUAGAGGUGCACAAACGACCCAGAGUCAGGAAUGGAUUGGAUUAUCCAGACCCGCCCAUUGGCCAAUCACCUCACCGCAGCCUCAAUGCUUCCCCUCAGCUGAACCGUGUCCGUAGCAACCGGCUCAUCUCGUCCCCCCUGUCCCUCCCCCACUCCCCCCACCGCUCUGUGUCCCCCGAGGUCCACGCCAUCUCCUCUGAGUGGAUCUCCCUGACCAUAGGGGGUGCCGGCCCCCCUGCUGCCCCAACCCCUCCUCUACCCCCACUCCCCUCUGUGUCUUAUCGCUGGGGCGAGUACCUGCCCCCUUCCAUGUCCGCCAGCCCCGUGCCCCCCAUCUGCGGCAGCCCUUACUGCAUCUCCCCAAUGGCCUCCCCUUCCGCCUCCCCCCUGCCCCCACCUUACCCACCCCGCCCUGGCUCAGCCACCCCUUACCUCACCUUCACCCCUCCCCAGGGGGAGGACUUCCUGCUCUCCCCUCCCUCUCCUCGUCUGUCCCGCAGUCUGAGCCCCUGUGGGGGGGUGGGCCUGGAGAGCUGGCUGACAGGGGCCAGUCCCUUGCGCAUCCUGGAGAGGGAUUUGAUGGAGGGGGAGGGGGCAGAGGGAGACAGGGGCACUGGACGCGAAGCCCUGGGCUGCUGGCGAAAUAGCCCUGCAGAGCUGGUGAAGAAUGAGAGUGACUACCAUGGUAGAACCUCCAGGAGCCCUGUCAUGUUGUUUGACAUCCACGACAACAACAUGAAUGCUAACUCAUUUGCGCAACCCCAGUCCCACAGCCCGGAGCCGAGUCGUCUCAGCUGUGGAAUUUUCCAGGCUUUGUACUGUUACGUGCCACAGAAUGAGGAUGAGCUGGAGCUGCAGGACGGAGAUCUUGUCAGCGUAAUGGAGAAGUGUGACGAUGGCUGGUUUGUUGGUACCUCAAAGAGGACCAAACAGUUUGGCACGUUUCCAGGAAACUACGUGAAAGAGGUCAACUUGUAACCUGUCAACAGACAUUUAUAGUGUGAGGAGAACCCAGCUCUAACCCGUGGUUACCAUUCAAGUAUUUGGGAAGGCAUUACUAUUGCGCUUGAUUGUUUCAAUUAGGAUAGUCAUUCAGCCAGGUGAAUAUGUUUGUCUGGUGUAAGUGAUCAGUUUGGUGUGAGGUAUGUUGAUGUACAUGAGGCGAAGACAGGAGGAAGCUUUGCUGUUGACUCACUGCCCAAACGUCAGUGUGGUGUAUACGUACUCCAACCAUAUCCCACACAGUACAUGGGCUGAAUUUAUAAUAUCCUAUUCUGACAAUAGAACUUUUAGUUUGAAAAAAUCCUCCCAAAAUGUCAGCACAUACAGACUACGUUAUAAAAAUGAGUUUGCAAAACAUUAUGAACACCAGAUUUUUCCAGCUAUGAUCCCUUAUUGAUGUCACUUGUUAAAUCCACUUCACAUCAGUGUAGAUGAAGGGGAGGAGACAGGUUAAAGAAGGAUUUUUAAGCCUUGAGACAAUUGAGACAUGGAUUGUGUAUGUGUGCCAUUCAGAGGGUGAAUGGGCAAGACAAAAGUGUUAAGUGCCUCUGAACAGGGUAUGGUAGUAGGUGACAAGCGGACCGGUUUGUGUCAAGAACUGCAACGCUGCUGGGAUUCUUAAUGCUCAAUCUGUUUCCCGUGUGUUUCACGAAUGGUCUACCACCCAAAGGACAUCCAGCCAACUUAACACAACAGUGGGAGGCAUUGGAGUCAAUAUGGGCCAGCAUCCCUGUGGAACGCUUUCAACAUGUCCCAACUCAAUAUUAGGAAGGUGUUCUUACUGUUUUGUACACUCAGUCAGUAUUCUUGUACAGUAUAUAUAGUGAUUGUUAACUACUAUACAAAGUAUUUUUUGAAGCGCAUGACUGUCUAUCUACAGUAUAUGGGGGGUCAGCAGCAGAGCAGUUCAUGGAUCAAGAGAGUGGAUCUUAUAACUACCAUGAUGGUAUACGAGGGCUCAAAUGUGUUGUUCAUGAGCUAGAGAAAUAGGAGCUGAUAUUCAACAGCUAUCUUUCAGGACCUUUUUUGGCGAAAGCAUUUUUCAUUGACUUUGAAUGCGGAUACAUACAUCUGAAGGUCGACAUGACAUGCUAAGUCGUCUAGAAGACUCAUGUUUUUCCUAGGAAAAGCCAGUAACUAGUAUUGUUAGACAUACCAUGGAGGUAUCAGGCUGUAUGUGAUGGCACAUACUUGGACAGGGUCCAACAAACCAUAUUCCUUGAUUGGAAUUUUGAAAACCCAUUGACCUGACAGUGAACUUCUAAAAACAUUUUUUUUUUAAAUUAUAGAAUCGUGGAAUGGCUUGGUUUCAUUAGCUCAGAAUGCACUGAAAACUAUAAAGCCAUGUUUGUGACAAUGUAGUCAAUGUAGGCUUGUAGUCUUCAUAAAAUAGCCGGGCGUUCUUACCUCAGUGUAGUCCAAAAGCUUCCAAUGCCGUUUUAUUAUUGCCUUUGUUUUCUAACCAAGGUGUGUCCUAUAAUUCGAGUAUGUUCGUGUGCAUGAUAGAAAUCUGGAAAUGCUCAAACACGUUAGCUAAUAUUAGCUCAGCUUUCUGUCAGCUGAAGUGAUUAACACAAUCAGGAAGACUGGUUGUGCUAUGUACAUACCUGAUUAAGACAGAUCGUGCAUGUGUAUGAAGGCGUGUACGUGCAAGCAAGCUUUUAUGCCUAUGUGUCACACAUCUCUUAUCAAACAUGAUUUUCUGUCAUCUUUUACAGCAUAUCUGUCCCGUAAAAUUAGAAGUAACAUUAGCUGUCUGAUCUUUUGUGAUUCCUGUGAGGUAGCUUGGUGGCAGCUAUACUGGCUCCAGUGAAACCACAGGACAGGCGUGGUGUGCCACUCUUUUUAAAGCACUUAACUUCCGCCCGAGGUCAUUUUUGAGCUUUCUCCUCACACUAGUUGUAUACUAAUUCAUUUGAAGUUUAAAAAGGCCUUGCGUGAACUAACACUCUGCACUUUACUUUUUUUCCCCCCCUUACUAGCGCUGACUUUGCUGAUAGCUACUUUAUUGAGGAAAAAUGUACUUACUAUGACUGUGAUGUGUGGUUGACCCACCUAGCUAUCUUAAGAUGAAUGCACUAACUGUAAGUCGCUCUGGAUAAGAGUGUCUGCGAAAUGAUUAAAAUGUAAAUGUAACUCUUUGUUUGAGUAACGAUUGCUUUUCAUUUGUGAGCAUUUUACUUUUUACAAUUGACAAAUUAUAUAUCCCAAUAUUGUUGGAUACAAGGGGCCUUUUAUACACAGUAGACUAUGUGUAGCCUCAGUGUAGCACCUGAGAGUGCUAAGCUAUUUAAGAGCAUUAAACUACAUCAAUGCUAUUAUUAUUUUGAGGCCAGCAGGUACAACCAGAAAAACAUUACUCAUUAUCUUUGAGCUGGAUUGCUCCCUCAGUGAAGAUUGCUUUGAAUUCGGAUAUCAACGCAUUGAAACAGUCUUCCUGUGAGGACAGAGGUCCUCAAUCUGAGAGCUACAUCAGAUCACUAUGCCGGUAACAGCCACCAUACGUCAGAAUAUAUCCUGAAAACGUAGCAGAUUGAAAUAAGAAUGUAUUGUGUUGUGGCAGCUCUACUUUCUUCUCUCUUACUUUGUGCGUAUCUAAUUAUUCCUCCUUAUGCCUCACUGCUAUGCGUUCUUCCAAGGAAUCCUCAAUGUCAUGAGUGACAGUAGUCUGGGUUCACGAGACCAAUAGAAUUGAAAUGUGUUUCUAAGACAAAAAGAAGUAUCUGUCAUAAGACUAUCAACAUCUAACUAGUAUUAUUACCUUUAUAGUAAUACUUCAUCUACUUAAUGAUGACUUAUGUUAAAUAUCGUUUAAAGCUAUUAAUGACAUGUUCACAUUGUCAGUUUGAAGUGACUAAAAUCCUAUUUAUUUGCAUAUCCGAUUCAAAUCUUUUCUUUGUCCUGCAGUCUGAACAGCCAAAAACCACAUGGAAUCUUGAUAUUUCUAGCCACCUUUCGAAGGUGGUUUGAAGUCAGAUACAUAUCUGAUUCCUGGCCAUGUAACUUGUGUCUUAAUGGUCGAAUCUGAUUUAUUUGCCCCCAAGUGGUUUUUAGACUGUUAUGUGGCAUAUCUUGUUGCUUGCUAGCUACUUUGUUGACCGUUUGACAAGAACAUGUGGUAACUAACUAGUUAACUUGUUAAUUGUUUACAAACAAAUGAGUGAAUGUUCUAGAAAGCUUAAACAUCUACCUAGCUAGGUAGUUGGCUGCUGUGGCGAGCCCAGAAAAAAAAUCAUUUGUUUUGAAAGUUGCAUCAUCUUAUCCUUUGAGGCUUUAAACGUGUUCUUACACUGUAACUUUUAAGCAUUCAAAGUAACUGGGAAACGUCCAUGUCAGGAAUUGUUAUCAACUUAGCUUGCUACAUAGCUUCUGAGUGAUAGGAAGCACGAGCACCACCACCAAUCAGCCUACACCACUGAGCACACACCAUCAUUACUAUGACAACUAGCGUAGCCAUGUCAGCAAAUGACUGCCAUCUGAACACACACACAUCCGAUCCGAUCCGAACUGAUUUGAACAUUGAGGCUUUAGUGGCUGCCACCUAUCAUGUUUACCUUGUGAGAUAUUUAAGUACAGUUCUGCCUGUUUACUCAUCUGUCAGUUGUACUUGAAAAGGAAUAGAAGCUUCACUCUGUCAAGCUGUUACAGUGUUUGUCAUUGACAUGAGACAAUGACAACACCCGAACAUUCAACAUCAUUGUUUUUCCCCCUAGCUUGUUAACUGCCAAUUGCCAAACAUUGAUGAGAAUAUAGUCUUGUGUGACAGUUGUUUUAACGAAACCAGUUACAUUGUUACAUUACAGAAUAAGGUCCAGGGACAAUCGAGUACGGAGAGGUCUGUUCCAUCUCACACUGACUGUACGAUAGACUUUGGCAACAAAGCAAUCACUCUUCUUGUGGUAUCAUAUCAUAGCCUCACAAGUCCGUGUAAAAUGUUGAUGGGAUAAUGUGCUCCGCGAAACAUCGCAGGAUGUAUGAAUGUAUGAUUGUGGAGUACUGUAUAACACUAACCAGGAUCAAUGCUGUCAGCUUGAAUGAACAUGUAAAACAUUAAACAGCCUGGCACAAUAAGAAUUGUAAAUAUGUAUAAUAAAGAAGUUUGGAAUGCAAGCGAUGGGAAAAGUCACAUGAAGCUCUCUGUUGUUCCCGAGGGAUUUCUGGGGGGGGGGCAAAGCACAGAGUGAAGAGUUAUUGAGCACAGACCGUUUUGAUGCAUAUGAUGCAACGUUGCGCUGCCAUUUUAUGAGGAUCGUAAGGCCCUUAUGUCAGAUGCAAAUUGUGCCUCAUUUUCAUUAGCUUUUAUUGAUUAUCACAGAAAUGUAUCCAUAUGUCAUAUUUAAGGAUAUUACUAUUGUUUUCCCUGUUGUGUUUUUUUAGUAUUUGUGAUGGGAGAAGACAUGUACUAAAGAACAUGAUAGCUACUGGAUUAAGUGUGACACAACGCUUCAAAUAAAUUAUUAAUCAUCAUAACUAUGUGUUCAUUAGUUUUCCCAAGACGCUCAACCUGCAACAGGUUUUGUUUGUUUGCUUAUUUUUUUUGCGGUGCUGUUACCAUGUCAAUAUUAAAAUGAAGACAACACUAUUUGCUGCUGUGAUAUUAUUAUUGAUAUUUCGGUAUUAUGCAAUAUUUAAUAAACUAUAUAAAGCAUC